AUGGCGCCGGUGGUACUCGUGGCGGCCGCCUCAUUCGCUGUGUUCCGGGGACUGCACCGGGGCCUCGAGCUGCUGCCCACCCCACGCCUAGCCGAUGCCCGGGACCGCUGGACGUGGAGGAACAUCUGCGCCUCCCUCGUGCACAGCCUGCUGGCCGGGACUGGGGCGCUGCUCUGGAUGUCCCAGUACUCACAUCUGGUCUCGGACUUCACCCACAGCUGCCCCCCCAGGACUACCUCUCUGGUCUCUCUGUCCAUCGGUUAUUUCCUGGCAGAUGGGGUGGAUAUUCUACGGAAUCAGGCAUUCGGUCGCUCGUGGCAUCUGCUUUGUCACCACAUUAUGGCGGCAAGCUGCCUGGGUGUGGCUGUGCUGCCUGGCCACUGCUUGAGUGUCUCGGUGGUGCCUCUGCUUUUGGAGGUAAACUCGGCCUGCCUGCACUUCCGAACACUGCUCCUGCUCUAUGGCCAAACCUCUACUCUGGUCUUCCGCCUGGCCUGCUGGGCCACAUUGGCCACCCUACUGGUAUUCCGCCUCCUGCCUCUGGGAUGGAUGAGCCUACAGCUGCUGUGGCAACAUCACCACUUCCCCCUGGCCUUCAGUGUCCUCUGGGGAGUUGGGCUGUUCACCAUCACCAUCAUGAGCAUUAUGUUAGUCAUUGAUCUUGUGGUCUUCAAUGGCCUGUGGGUCCAGGCCCCACCCUCCUUCUCCAGAAAGAAGAAGGCCAAAAGCAACUGGGAAUGUAGGAGUGAUGACUGUGCCAGGCUUCCAUACAGAGAGGACACUUCCCCCAAGCAACAGGAUUAG